AUGUCUUCAAGAGGUCUUGGUAGUUAUAAUGGUAAAUCAAAAAGUUAUGGUAGUUAUGGUGGUGGAUUAGAAGGUCAUGGCAGUCAUGGUAGUAAUGAACUAAAAGGUCAUAGCAGUUAUAGUAGUAGUGAACCAAAAGGUUAUGGCAGUCGUAGUAGUGGUGAACCAAGAGAUCAUGGCAAUUAUAGUGAAUCAAAAGCUUUACAACGUAAAUCUCGCAAUAAUUUGAGCGGAGAACUAGAAGAAUGUGAAAAUACUGACGAGCAUAGUGAGUAUGCUACGUCCCAUCCCCUCGUACAUGGAAAAGAGCGUCCAGUUACAUUAAAAAAUAAGAACGAAAAAGAAAACUUAGCACUUGUCGGCCCCCAGGAUUUCUCUUCAUUCACCGAUGUCAUCAAUUUAUUCCAACAGGAGUUGAAGGAAUACAAGAAAAAAAGAAAUGAGAUUUUCAAUUUAUUGCGACAGGAACUCAAAGAUUCAAAAGAAAAAAUCGAAACUGUUUCGUAUUCAUCAGUCACUACAGCGAAAUACUCAAAAUUUCUUAUGCAUUCUGGAUUUAAAAUUGAUAGUUUGACAUAUCAAAAAAAUUUGCAAAAGAAAGAAAUACCUGCCUUCGAAUGGUCUAACCACACUGAAAACUUUGUGGAAUAA